CAAAAGAACCUGUUAUCGAAACCAUCAAAGAAAAGAGGGCAAAAGUGCACGGAACCCUCGUGCAAAAUCCAAUAAAAAGAAACAAACUGGUUUUGCUUAUAUAUAGUACUCCCCCCUACAUCAACUACUUUGUUUGAUCAAAACCUGUCCGACGAGUUUAAGCUGUCAUACCUUCACAAUGGCGUCCUGUUCUUCGUCUCAUUCUACAAUGGAAGACCAACUUCCACUUAGCAGACGUUUCUUCAAGGUCAUGGUUCCUGGUUUCCAAUCUAAACUUACAAUUCCACCAGAUUUUUGUCUGAAGCUAAAAGGGGAGAAAUCAGAAAAAGGGACAAUCACAAAGGGCAAGGAUAUAUGGAAUGUUGAAAUUGAUCGACCCGAGAAGGGUGUUAUUAUCUGGUUUGGUAAGGGUUGGGAAGAAUUUGUGCAAAAAUAUAACCUAAGAGUUGGUGAUUUUGCUGUGUUUGAGCAUUUGGGUAGUAUGAAAUUUAGUGUUAUACUUCUUGAUUCAACUGGUUGCGAUAAGAAGUUUUUGAUGUUGCAAAAUGGUGAACAAGUACAACCACCCCAAGAGAAAAAAGUGAAAUCUGCCAAGUGUGGAAUUGAGAAAAAGAAACUCGAGGGUGAUCAACCUCCGUACCAAUGCUUGACAGGAAGUUCUGAGUUUACGGCAAGAAUAAAAGAAUAUAACGUCAGAAAACGUUCUCCUUAUAUGCAUAUACCCACGGAAUUUUGUCAGUCGAAUGCACUCUUUCAGAAUACAAACAUAACGUUAACUGGUCCGUCGGGUAAACCAUGUCCUGCGAGUCUUAGAAUUUGUAAUGGUGGGAAGACUUUAUAUGCUAUUAUUACAACAGGCUGGCGCGUGUUCUUUUCAACCAACAAGCUAAAAGUAGGAGAUGUUUGCAUCUUCCAACUUGAUCGCUCAAAAAGCGACUCAAAUUCCAUUGCAAUUGAUGUUCGUGUUGUGUAGCCUGCGGACUUUUGUUUAUCCUUAUUCUUUUGAUUUUUUACUAGUUAGUGUUACCUUUGUAAACUUAUGUCAUUAGGUAAAGGUUCAUUUUACAUAUUCAAUUGGCUGAUCAGCAACAAGUUGUAGUCUAGCUGCUGCAGAGUAAUUAGGCAGUGUGUUAUUUGUAGAGAAGCAAAAGUGCUGAUGAAUGAGAUGCUUCUUGAUUGUUCAUGCUUCAAGAAAAUAAUCUUAGAGGCCCUCAUGCUAGUUGACAGGAGAUUUCUGAGUAUCAGCCCAGAGAGAUGAAAGCUCUGUUAUCUGGAUAAAAUGUCAAUGAAAUCUAGCAGUAAAGAAGCACUGAGAUUAGUAGUAUUUUGGCUGCAAAAUGUGUGCUAUUAUACUCAUUUGGUCUAUGUACAUUUGUUUAUAGGGGUAUAUGCCAUGAUAUUUUUGUAGUAUUUUGGAACGUACUGAAUUUAUUGGGCCUUCUGCAAUUGACAUACCAGUGGUAGUUUUCAUA